AUGCUACGUCGAGUUAAAACAGAUGUAGUUUCAGAGCUUACUAGGAAAACAAAGAUCACAGUGCACUGCAAAUUGAGUUCACGACAACAAGCUUUUUAUCGAGCUAUCAAGAACAAGAUAUCUCUUUCUGAGUUAUUUGACAACAAUUGUGGACAACUUAAUGAAAAAAAACUCCUUAAUUUAAUGAAUAUUGUCAUUCAGCUAAGGAAGGUCUGUAAUCAUCUAGAGUUAUUCGAAAGGAGUGAGGGAAGCACAUAUCUCUACUUUGAUGAGAUUCCCAUCGCCCUUUUGCCUGCCCCCGUUGGGGAAUUGGAGGAUGUACACUACUCAGGAGGUCGCAAUCCUAUAAUAUUCAAGUUUUAUGGUGCAACAACAUUUUUCAUUCAUAGAUCAGACUUUAGUGUCUCCUUGAUUAUGCUUUAUAUGAAGAUUAGUGGGCAGUUAAAAUCCUUGCAAAUUUUUGCAAGCUUGACAGCAGAAAGAGAUGGUGAAAUUAGAAAAACUGCUUUGAAUACUCUUACCACUGGAUAUAAGAUUCUUGGUGAGGAUAUAUGGAGGUAUGUUGGGAAGCUAACAGAUGCUCAAAAAAGCAUGCUGGAUGAUAGUUUAAAUGGAAGGUUCGAGAGAUGGAAAAAUGGAAGGAAGGGAAGCCUGGCGAAGCCAGAGCUGCUUUGAGACGUUCUGUGAGGGAAAUUGGACAUUUCAAAACAAGAGACUGGCUUAUGCUGUCAAGGAAAGCACUCUUGAUAGUCUAAUUACUGAGCUCCUUCUAUGGCUGUUGGAUGAGAGAGUUCCACAUAUGGAUGAUGGCAACUAGCUUUUAAAAGCUUUGAAUGUUCUGAUGCUAAAGAUUCUGGAUAAUGCAGAUCAAACUUCAUCCUUUGUUGUUCUCAUCAAUCUCUUACGUCCAUUAGAUCCUUCAAGGUGGCCCGCACCUGCAUCAAAUGAGACAUUUGCUGUCAGAACUCAGAAGUUCUCUGAUCUGGUUGUUAAAUGUUUGAUAAAAUUUACAAAGGAAGGCAAUGUUGCCAACCAGAGGGAACAUCUAAUUCUUGUCCUUGCCAAUAUUCACAUUCAGAAAGCUAAUAAGCAGUUUGUCUUGAAGGAUCUUGCAGGCAAAGGACACCAAGUGAAUUAGAUAGAGAGGUUAAGAACUUGAGGGUGGCAUUUACUGACCUGUUUUUGAAGCAUAACACUUUCAAAGAAACUGCAAAGCCAUCAAGAUAUUGAUGCAAAGAAUGGAAGAAUGUAUUUCACUAAUUUUUGUAUACAUUUCUUGUUUUGUAUUUGGUGAUAAAGGAAUCUGAAUUGGGCAUAAAUUAUGUUGUAAUAUAAUUUCUUAAGCCUAGACUAGUAGACUAAAUAUUGUAAUUAUAUUUGA